AUGACCAUAAAGCGUUUCAAGAAGAUAUUGCGAAAUCUGCACCUGAAUGAUAAUGCACAUAUACCAGACAAGACAAGCGAGGAUUAUGACAAACUUUACAAAAUACGCCCAUUAUUGGAUCUUAUCAAUCAGGCAUCUCAGAAAAAUGCCAAAGACUCUUCAUCCCAAAGUAUUGAUGAAUCGAUGAUUCUCUUCAAAGGCCGAUCUUCCAUGAAACAGUAUAUGCCGCUGAAACCAAUAAAAAGAGGCUACAAGGUAUGGUGUCGCUGUGACAGUAAAACUGGGUACCUGUAUGAAUUCUACAUAUACACUGGAAAAUCAGAAACCGGAACAGAGGAAGGACUAGGAUCCAAAGUUGUGAAGAAGUUGACUGAAAAGCUGAUAAAUAAAGCACUGGAGGAAUAUCAUAUUAUUGUUACAUUUGACAAUUUCUUCUGUGAAUACACUCUAAUGCAAUAUCUAUAUGAAAAUUGCAUUUAUGCUACCGGAACCGUACGAAGACACAGAACACAUCUGCCUGUACUUGUCAAAACUAAACAGAAGCUUGCAAAAGGGCAAUAUAAAUGGAGAGUGAAGGGAAAUGUAUCUUUCUUAGUUUGGCAAGACACCAAGGAGGUUUUACUAUUGAGUAAUGCAUUCCAUCCAAAAGUUGGCAAAACCACUGUCUUACGGACUCAGAAAGAUGGCACAAAACAAGAAAUCAGUUGCCCUUUAGCAAUAAAGGAGUAUACUAAAAGGAUGGGAGGCGUUGAUCGCUUUGAUCGCAUAAAAGGUACCUAUUCAGUUGGUAGAAGGAGUAGGAGAUGGUGGGUCCGCAUAUUCUUUUUCCUUUUAGAUGCAAGUAUAACAAAUGCAUACUUGUUAUAUUGCCAAAAUACGAAUGCGACAAAACUAAGCCAUCUUGAAUUUCGAGUCUCUGUUGCUAGAGGACUAUUCCGCCUCAUGCCAAAAACAAACAACAAAGCCACAAACUCCAGCCGUUAG